AUGGCGCCGCUAGACGAGCUACCGCCUAUAGUAAAGGCGCUUCAGCAAGGUUGGCUGGUACUGUUUCGCACUUCAGCGUUCGUUUCAGCCAUCUUUGCCCUCCUCAGCAUGCAGUUAUUACUGCAAGGAAGCCAGCUCAUGGGAACCAUCGAUUCGCCCGGAGACACUGCCUUUCAAAUCCUCGCAUAUAUAUCGCUGAUCCUCAACUCCAGUGCUUCCACUGCCUCCAUUGUUCUCAUUGACCGUAUUGGGGAGCUAGACUUCAACUCGUCUUCGCGCCCCAUGGAAUCGCUUCCCACCGCAGGGUGGGUCAACGCGAAUGCAAAGUCGCUAUUGCGGCUUUACGGGGCUGGUCGUUCUUGGAUGUAUGUCUUUUACCAUUGGUUCGCUUCCAUGCUCAUCGGGAUUCCUUCUUUCUGGGCUGCAUUAGUCCUGAUGACUUGGGUCCACACAGAUGCUGCCGUCAGUAUCACAGUCGUCUGUGUAGCAGUCUUCGGGAUCCUGCCGCUCCUUUGCUUCUUGCCCUACAGAGCGUUUUUCCCCCAUGACAGCACACCGCUGCUUCCUCAAAACCGGCCCAGGACAACAAGCACCGUUGUCUGCGCGGUCGUAUGA